AAAAUGAGACCAUGAGCCCAACAACAACUCCCGACGUUUCUGCUUAUUCUUCAUGUUAGACACACUCUUUCGGUUUCUGUUUUAAGACAGUAAAACAUUCUUAAAAUGUCACGAUGGGAGCGAUGCGUAUUUUUAAAACUCAAGCGGCGCUUUUGAAUUGAACGCGCGCUGAUUCGGCGGGAAAUCUUUAUUUUGUGUCAGGUUUGACUUGACGGGUCUUCCAAAGGAACAUUCUGGUAUGCCUCGACAGAUCCGGCUACGGAGUCUCUCAUAACUUACUAGGGUUGAUAGACUGUUUGAAAUGGGCUCUUAUGUGAAAGACGGGACGCACACCUGUGCACCCUCAGCACACCUGAAGCUGCUCACCUUACAUCGAGAGCUGCUGGUGGAUCAGGUGAAAAACACACAGUGUGUUCUGGACAACCUGCAGCUGAACGGAUUCAUAUGCACUGAAGAUAUAGAGAUUAUACAACGCAGCAACACCAAAACAGACCAGGUACGCAAGAUCUUGGAGCUUGUGCAGAGUAAAGGAGAGGAGUGCUGUGCAUACUUCAUACACAUACUUCAUGAAGCAUACGACGCUUACAUUGACCUGCGGCCUUGGUUCAGUGAUAUUCAGUACACACCAUUAGAUAAUAUAAGUGUCAUACCAGUGAUUAACACUGACCCAAUUAGCAAGUACUGUGAGAAGCUCCGGCAUGAGCUGAGAAGAGACACUCAGUUCAUCAUGUCCUACUCGAAGAGCGACGAAACGCCACUGGAAGAUCUUUACACGGACACGCAGAUGGAACUCUUGAACGACAGGGAUGAGAGUCUGGGCUACUUACAGAGUCUGGAUGAACUUCUAGGAGACCAGGGGGUCUUCAACCAGCAGGCCGAGACCAUCUUUAUCACUGGUGAUGCUGGCGUAGGCAAAUCCAUUGUUCUUCAGAAACUGCAGAAUUUGUGGUCCAAACGGGAGCUGAGCACUCGUGCCAAGUUCUUCUUCAAAUUCAGGUGCAGGAUGUUUAGUGCCUUCAAGGAGUCAUAUGAGAUCUCAUUGAAGGACUUGAUCUUCAAGCACAAUUGCUAUCCUGAUGCAGACCCUGAUAAUGAAGUCUUUAACUACAUUUUACGAUUUCCUGAGAUGGUACUUUUCACGUUUGACGGGUACGAUGAAAUCCAAAUGGAAUUUGACCUGGACGGUGUUCCCGAAGUGGUUUCCCCCGAAGAAAAGACAAGCCCUCUUCUGCUUCUGAUGAAUUUGCUGUGUGGAAAAUUGCUCAAGGGUUCUCGAAAGAUCCUGACCGCACGAACUGGCACAGAAGUCCAAAGCAGAGUGAUGAGGAAGAAGGUGUGUUUGAGGGGAUUUUCACCUGAACACCUGAAGAGAUACACAGCUCUACACUUUCCCGAGCAGGUAUUCAGGACGCUGGUGAAUGAGCAGCUUGAUGCCAACCCUCACCUGUCGAGUCUAUGCUCCAUCCCAUUGUUCAGCUGGAUCAUCCUCAAGAGCUUCAAACAUCUCCGUUCUGUAUACGAUGACUUUGAGUUACCGGACUCUUCCGUCACCCUCACAAAUGUCUUCUUGCUUCUUUCAGAAGUCUUCUUGGGUCACUCAACGGCCCGUACUGGACUUCUGAAACGGAGCACAAGGUGUCCUGCGGAGACCUUCAAAGCUGGCGAGCAGAAGCUUUCGGCCUUCUCCAAGCUCGCUUUACAGUGUCUAGAGAAGGGCGUAUUCGUGUUCAGCAUGGACGAGGUGUUGUCAUGUGGAUUAGAUGAAAAGGACCUUCAGUUUGGCUUUCUGAGGCCUGUUUGCCAUUACGACGGAUGCGGAGGCUCGGCUACCUUUGAGUUUCUUCACAUGACCCUACAGGCCUUCUUAGCAGCUUUUUCUCUGGUUCUGGACUCAAAAAACCCUCCUGAUUUGAUUCUGAGGUUCUUCUCCAAAUGUGAAUACAAGUCGUCAUCGUCUUGUUUACCCUGUCUUGGAAAGUCAAAGCCCAGAGACACGGAUCCUUUUCAGACCAAUGAGCACUUUCAGUUCACCAACUUAUUCUUAUGUGGUCUCUUAUCCAAACCCAACGCUGCGCUCCUAGAGCACCUCGUUCCACCAUUGUUGUUGAAGCAAAAGUGCAAGACGCUCAAGUCGUACCUGUCGAAUGGCGUGAAGACUCAUCUUAAGAGUCUGCCCAGUAGCCAAGCCACAGAAAUCGAGGGCAUUAAAGUGCACGCAAUGCCAAAUUUCUUGUGGAUGCUUCGGUGCAUAUUUGAGACGAACAGCGAGGAAGUGGCCAAGAUGACCGCCAAUGGCAUAUCGGCAGAUUACAUCAAGAUUGCGUUCUGUAACAUCUACUCGGCGGACUGCAGCGCUUUGAACUUUGUACUCCAUCACCGUAAGAAGCACCUGGGAGUCGACAUGGAUAAUAAUAACAUUAAUGAUUAUGGUGUGAAGCAAUUGAGACCGUCUUUCAGCAAAAUGACUAUAGUAAGAUUGUGUGUGAAUCAGCUGACGGACAGCAGUAUUGAAGUUCUGUCAGAGGAGCUCAUCAGACACAAAGUUGUCAGGGUGUUGGGCCUUUACAAGAAUCAGAUCACAGAUGUCGGAGCCAAACUGGUUGCAAAGAUCAUUGAAGAAUGUCCACGUUUGAGGACUGUCAAGCUUGGCUGCAACCAAAUCACCGCUGUGGGUGGGAAGCAUCUUGCUUGCGCUAUUCAAAAGAGCAAAUCUAUCUUUGAUAUAGGAAUGUGGGGUAAUUCGAUUGCUGACGAGGGGGCAGAUGCUUUUGCGGAGGCAUUAAAGAAUCACCCCAGCCUCACCAACCUCAGUCUCUCUGCCAAUGGCAUCACAUCUCAUGGUGGCAGAAGUUUGGCAAAAGCGCUCGAGGAAAACACAAGCCUUAAAAUCUUCUGGUUGAUCCAGAACAGAAUCGGUGAUGACGCAGUGUCAGAUCUCGCUGAUGCCAUCAGGUCGAACUCUUCUCUGACCCAUGUGAUGCUAAUAGAAAAUGAGCUGACCGUUCAUGGAGCUGAACAGCUCGCUGAAGCCCUGACAAACAACACGACACUGAAGGAAAUCAAUAUUAAAGGAAACCGAAUCUGUGAAGAAGAAGAAAAACUCUUUGAGGUUGAAAAGAGGCUUCGCUUCCGCUGAGAAGGAAAACAGAACACACGUGACGUCUGUGAGGAAAUGUGGCGUAACCACAGAUGUUGAUGUAGCCUACAUUAGGCACAAAACAAACAACAUUUAUUUAGCUGUUUUACUACAAUAUUACGGUCUAAUGUUUUAUAACAAAGCCACAACAAUCACAGGUCAAUACAUCAGGGCUUGGUGAUAUCACAAUAUUUAUGUAAUCACUCUGAAAUGGUUAAAAAGGAUGAUUUUGUUGUCAUUGUAGACAAGCAGGUUCAAAAUGUUUAAUGCAAAUAGUAGAACACAGUAAAAAUCGAGUUUAUAAAAAAAGCAAGGCCUGUUUUCCCACACUGUUUUUCACUAAAUGAACACAAGGGAGAAUAUUUAAUUGAUAUGCGCCAAAUAUUUAGGCCUAGUAAUUAGCAGGAAUAUUUUCCUAAUUGCAAUACAUGAAAAAUGAAAAAAAAAAAAAAAAAAAAAAAAAAAUUUUUUUUCCCCAGUUUCUGCAAAUUAAUUGUUCCAUCAGUUUUGAAUGGAUUCAUUGAUGUUUUGACGUAAGUACGGAAAUUAACUGAACUUUAAUGCUGUUUUUGCAACUGAAGAUCAAAAAUCACGUGCAGGAUAUGAAUUGUAGAUAUCUAUACAAAAAUAUUUUACUAGUUAAAAUGCAAUUUUUUUAUAUCAGUAAAAAUUGUAAUUCUUGAUAUAUAAAAUAAUGUCAUAAAAAAACUAUUCUUGAUAUAAAAAACAGAAUUUUAACUAGUAAAAGCUAGAAAUUAAUAAUGCUUAAUAACUAGUACUUUUUUAUAUCUAUAACUGCAUUUUCACUAGUAUUUUCACUCCUCUUCCAAACACAAUUGCAGAUAUCUAUAAUUUCUUACAAGUAAAAAUUCAAAUUUUACAUAUCAGCAAUGUACUUCUAAUGCAAUGUCUUUUUUUAUAUCAGUAUUACAUUGUUACCAGUACAAAUAUCCAUUACUGAUAAUUAAUUAAAUUACAACUAGAUAUCUGUAAAUGAGAUCUGGUAUUUCAUAUACCUGCAUGAUUUCAUAUAUCAAUAUAUUGAAGUCUUUCUAACUUACAAUAACAUUAUAUGUAUCUGAAAUGAACAUUGCCACGAAUGAAAACCAAAUUUUAUCAAAAAUAAGCAUUUUUACUAUUUGUAAUUCAGUUGUUGAUAUUAGGAAUGGACAUUUGCACUAGAGAUAAUGCAAUUAUUGACAUCAAAAUAUGAUCACUUUUACCUGUAAAAACUAGAGAAAAAUUAAUUAUAGAUAUCUGUAAUUGCAUUUUCAACAGGAGUGAAUUACACACCAUUGAAAUUCUGCUCGUCAAAAUACAGAAACGGACUUUUACAGAUGAAAUUCAAAUUUUUUUUUUUUAGAACAACAAUGAGUAUUUAUGUGAAUAAUGAUGUCAUUUUUGAUAAAUAAUUGCUUUUACUUGAGCAAACCUAAUUACUGAUAUCAAAAACUAAUUUUCACUAGUAAUAAUUCAAUUGCUGAUCUCAAGAAUGAUCAUUUCAACUAGUGAAAAUGCAAUUAUAGAUAUUUAUAAUUUAUCUACUGCACCUGAUUAAAUGUCAAAAUACACACCCUUUAGGAAACUUAAUGGCUAACGCAUUAUAAUUGAAAAACGCAUAAAUUUGAUGAAUAUUGCCUAGCCCUAAUAUAUAUACAUACACUACCGGUCAAAAGUAAUUGAAACACUUAUUCAUUCUUUAUUAUAAUUUUUUUUUUCACAUUUUAGAAUAAUAGUAAAGUCAUCAAAACUAUGGAAUAACAUAAAUGGAACUUUGGGAAUUAUGUUGUGAUUAAACAAAAUCCCAAAUAAAUCAAAACUGUGUUAUAUUUGAGCAUCUUCAAAGUAGUCACCCUUUGUCUAGAAUUUGCAGACAUGUACUCUUGACAUUUUCUCAAACAACUUCUUGAGGUAUCACCCUGGGAUGCUUUUUAAACAGUAUUGAAGGAGUUCCCAUCUAUGUUGGGCACUUAUUGGCUGCUUUUCUUUAUUAUUUGGUCCAAGUCAUCAACUUCAAAAACUUUUUUUUUUUAAUUACAUUUUAGUUUUAUAAUGAAAUAAAUUAAUAUGGUGGCACAAUUAUAUUUUUGUCUACAAAACUCAUUUGAAACAUUGAAGCAUACGCCUUCAGAUCAAAAGAUUUUUAAGAUCAUGAGAAACAUUUCAGUCAAGUGUUUCAAAACUUUUGACCAGUAGUGCACACACACACACACGUACACACACACACAAACAUGUGCACACACACACACACACACAUGCGCACACAUGCACACACACACACACACACACAAACAUGUGCACACACACACACACACACACACACAC